AUGAAAAUUAUUUUUUUUUGUUUUAAUAUUUUAUUGGCAAUUUUUAUAUCUUCUAUAAAUUGCCUUGUAUACAUUGAUGUAAUUAAAUUUGGAGAAGAAAAUUCUUUGAAUUGCUCAGUUGGGCAUUUGUACAUCUUACACUGUGAAGUACAAUGCAUGAAUGAACAAAGUCAAGUUAUACAUAAAAAUUGCUUAGAGGAGAUAGAAAAAAAAUGUUCUGGUAGCAAAUGCUUAUAUUAUUUUGAUUAUAAAAAUAAAAAAAAAAAUUCUCUGUCUUUGAGAAAUAAAAAUAGUAUAGAAAUUGAUGAAUGCGUAGAUUCCAAUAUAAACGAAGUGAAAACGUCAACUACGUGCUUAAUAGGUACUUCAUUUUUAUUAGAGGAACUUUAUGUUCAAUAUUCUUUUUUUAUAAAAAAUAAAAAUAAUGAUCCAGUUGUAUGUAAAAACGGUAUCAUAAAUGUAAAAAGUGCUACUCUACAUUCCCCUUUUUGUGAAAUAAAACUAAAAGAUAUUUCUAGCCAUAUACGAAAAAAAUGUGAUGGCAAAAAAGAAUGUAUUAUAAACCCAUUUGAAUUACCAGAAUCGGUACAAAGUGAAGAUAACUCUUGUUAUAUCAACAAUUCUUACGUUUCAUUGAGUGUAGUAUGCAACAGAGAAAUAGAAGAUGGAAAUGAAAGAGAAGAAGAAGAAGUGGAAGUAGAAGGAGAAGAAGAAGAAGUGGAAGUAGAAGGAGAAGAAGAAGAAGGAGAAGGAAAAGGAGAAGAAAGAGAAGAAGGAGAAGGAGAAGGAGAAGAUGAAAAAGAGAAAGAAAAAGAAAAAGAGAAUGAAGAUGAUUCAAAUGAAGUUGAACAGAAAAAUAAAAAUGAAGACGAAAGUGAAUGUGAAGAUGAAAAUGAGAAAGCUAAUAAAGAAUUUUUAUUAUAUUUAAAUAACAAAAAAGUAAUGAAAGCAUAUUUUAAUAUUAAAUGUAAUUUGGUGAAGAAAAAAAACAAUUUAUCAAUUAAAAUAAAGAAGGAAUUCUCAAAAAAGAAUAUUAUUUUUAAAAAACUAGCAGAUGCUAUUUAUGGUAUUAUCGAUAAAAAAUAUGAAUCUUCUGAUAUUCAAGAUUUAUUGGAAGAUAAAUACAACGAAAAUAAAAGAAGUGCAAAUCACUCACUUUAUUUUGAUUUCCUUGUUGAUACUCUUAAAAUAAAAGACUCCAAUAGUUCUAAUUUAAAUACUAUAAAACUGAAGCUUUUAUACCACUUGAAAUUAAAUUUGCGUAAACUAGAAAAAGUAGAAAGCAAAAUUAAUGAACUAAGGAAAAAGUACAUUUAUGUAUGUAAUGAAGCAGAAUCGUAUGCACUAAAAAUAGUUGAUGAAGAUUCAGAUGAUAUAUUAAAUUAUGGAGUUUUUCCUCAUAAUAAUGGUAUGAUUUCUUCUGAAAUUUUCUUUAAAUAUACUCCUGAUUUCAGUUCAUUGAAUUUUGAAGAAAUGGAUGAAAAAAAAAAAUUAAGUGAAGAAGAAUUGAGAGAGUUAAAAGAGUUAGAAAAAUUAGAAAUAGAAGAAAAAAAAAUUAAAAUAAAGGAAUUAAGAAAUAAAAUAUUACAAAGGUUAAAAGCAUUAUACAUAGGAAAAAAUGAAACUUUUGAUACUCAAGCAAGAUGUAUUAAAGCAUAUUGCUAUAAAAAUCAAUUAAAUCUUAAAAAUUUGAAAGUUAUCUUAAAAGAUAAUUAUUAUUCUUCAAAAAAAAAUAUGGGUAAUGUACUUGUAAAUAUUGUUCACCAUUUGAAUACAGUUGGAGAUAAUAAAAAUGCAUGGAGUAGUAUGAGAAUAAUAAAUAAGCUUAAGGUAUUGUUAUAUCAAGGUUAUAAACUAGUAAAGGAAAAAGAAAUAGAAAUUAAUAAAGAAAAAGAAAAGUAUGCCAUACUAUAUGAUAUAGCACGAAGUAAUAAUUUAGAUGGCAUUUUUAUUGAAAAAGAAAAAAUAAUUAAUAAAAAUCUUGAUUUGAUUACACCAGAAGAUAAACAAGAUGAUGAAGUUUUUGGAAGCCAAUCAAGUACUUUUGAAUUCUUAAAUAAAAUAGAUGAAUCCUCUGAAGAAAAAGAAGCAAAGGAGGAUGGAAAUGACUCAAUAAAAGACAAAGAAAAAGAUGAAACAGAUGGAGAAGAUAAAGAAAAUGAAACCGAUGAAAAAGGUAAUGAAGAAAUGAUUGAAGAUGAAAAAGAAGAUAAGGAAGAAAUUAUUGAAGAUGGAAAAGAAGAUAAGGAAGAAAUUAUUGAAGAUGGAAAAGAAGAUAUUGAAGAAAGUGAAACAGAUGAAGAUAAUGAAGAAAUAAUUGAAGACGAAAAAGAAGAUAUUGAAGAAAGUGAAACCGAUGAAAAAGAUAAUGAAGAAUUUAUUGAAGACGAAAAAGAAGAUAUUGAAGAAAGUAAAACAGAUGAAGAUAAUGAAGAAAUAAUUGAAGACGAAAAAGAAGAUAAUGAAGAAAUUAUUGAAGAUGAAAAAGAAGAUAAUGAAGAAAUGAGUGAAGAAGAAAAAGAAGAUAAUGAAGAAAUGGCUGAAGAUGAAAUAGAAGAUAUUGAAGAAAGUGAAACAGAUGAAGAAAAUAAUGAAGAAAUUAUUGAAGAUGAAAAGGAAGAUAAGAAAGAAAAUGAAACCGAUGAAAAAGAUAAUGAAGAAUUUAUUGAAGAUGAAAAAGAAGAUAUUGAAGAAAGUAAAACCGAUGAAAAAGAUAAUGAAGAAAUUAUUGAAGAUGAAAAAAAAGAUAAGAAAGAAAAUGAAAUCGAUGAAAAAGGUAAUGAAGAAAUGAUUGAAGAUGAAAAAGAAAAGAAAGAAAAUGAAACCGGUGAAAAAGAUAAUGAAGAAAUGAUUGAAGAUGAAAAAGAAGAUUAG